UGGAUCCACGGGAAGGCUUCAAACUCUCGGAUGCUAUACAACCACAAUGGAUUGUGAAGUGGUAUACUCGAUAUGUGAACGGUAACACGGAGGUGAAAGAUAGAAUAGUUGACUUCGCCAUGGUAAAGCUCCUCUGCGGGAACGUUAACAAGAAACCUUUCCCAACUCGGCAAGACCUCUUAGCGAUCAUGGGUCUUCGAUUGGGUCUCCGCCUAGGCACAUCAAACAGCUCCGAUAUAGAUGUCGCUCAAGAACUCGUAGAGCGCCAUAUGCGUACCGUUGUGUGUAUGGAUGUACACUCCCAAACAUUCAUGACAAACGCACCUUCUGAACCCGUGCUUGCAGAGGCAUCGAUUCGAUUAAUGCAACAGAUGACUAGACUCCGACCAGUGAAAGCCCUGCAACAAGUAUUCGAGGACCCACUCCACACGAAAGGGGUGAGGGGUGAGUUUAUUGCUGCUCUUCUGCUCUUGUUGGCUCGUGAUGAGACGCAACGAGAGCAAGAGGGAGCCUCCGCCAAGAUCCCAGUGAAGACUUUGCUGGAGAAACUUUUGGGUGAAGAAGUGCUUCAAUUCUACCCGAAUAGUCCUACACCGGAGAAGGCAGCCACGACGCUGGAAGAUGCAUUCAAAGACACAUACGCCCACUUCACACAUGCAGUUGUUGUACAAGAUGAAGAUACUCUGAGGAAUGAAUACAUAUGGCCGGUGAUAGCACGGGGGAGCUUCUUU